AUGGCAAACUCUUUCGCCCGUAUGAUGUCUGGCCGUCACACGGCAGUGAUUUUGGCCAGCAUAGGAGCUGGUACACUGGCAUCUGGAUACCUCCUCAGUGACCACAUUGCUGCUGCUGCUGAGCGGACGAGGCUCUAUCCACCCAGCGCAGAUUUCCCCGACCUGAGGAAGCACAACAACUGCAUGGCAGGGGCCUUGACCCCGACCAUUUAUGGGCGCCUGAGGGACAAGAAAACCCCCAGCGACUGGACCCUGGACCAAUGCAUCCAGACCGGGGUGGACAACCCUGGACAUCCCUUCAUCAAGACUGUGGGCAUGGUAGCAGGAGAUGAGGAGAGCUACGAGGUGUUUGCUGAGCUCUUUGACCCUGUUAUCAAGGAUAGACACAAUGGCUACGACCCUCGGACAAUGAAGCACCCCACUGACCUGGAUGCUUCCAAGAUCACCUCCGGAAUGUUUGAUGAGCGCUACGUGCUCUCAUCUCGUGUCCGUACCGGUCGUAGCAUCCGUGGACUGAGUCUCCCCCCGGCAUGCUCUCGCUCUGAGCGCCGUGAGGUGGAGCGCGUGGUUGUGACCGCUCUGUCUGGCCUGAAGGGAGACCUGAGCGGUCGCUACUACAGCCUGGGAGAGAUGUCUGACAGAGAGCAGCAGCAGCUUAUUGAUGAUCACCUCCUGUUUGAUAAACCAGUGUCACCUCUGCUCACGUCGGCUGGGAUGGCCAGAGAUUGGCCUGAUGCUCGUGGGAUCUGGCACAACAACGAGAAGAAUUUCUUGAUCUGGAUCAACGAGGAGGACCACACAAGGAUCAUAUCCAUGGAGAAAGGAGGAAACAUGAAGAAAGUGUUUGAACGUUUCUGUAGAGGUCUCAAACAGGUGGAGCAUCUAAUUCAGGAGAGAGGCUGGGAGUUCAUGUGGAAUGAGCGUCUGGGCUACGUCCUCACAUGCCCCUCUAACCUUGGCACUGGGCUCAGGGCCGGCGUGCAUAUCCGCCUGCCCAUCCUUAGCAGGGACCCUCGCUUCAAAAGGAUCCUUGAUAACCUGAGGCUACAGAAGAGAGGCACGGGAGGCGUCGACACGGCGGCUACCGGAGACACCGUCGACAUCUCUAACCUCGACCGUCUGGGCAAGUCAGAGGUUGAGCUGGUACAACUAGUGAUUGACGGCAUUAACUACCUAAUUGAGUGUGAGAAGAGGCUGGAGAGGGGGCAGGACAUCAAGAUCCCCUCCCCCAUCCCUCAGUUCAGGAAGUGA